GUGAAACUGUUGCUGCUGAACAAUUUCAACUCCAUAGCAUUUGCGAACCUUUAACAUUUUAAUACGAAAAUUCCUGAGUCACAACUCACACUGCUUGGCCAUAUCAAGAUAAUUCUUUAAAGAUGGGGCACCCAUCCAAAGAUAUUCAAGCUACACCCAAAACAUUGCAGGUGGUGUUACUUGGUAAAACAGGAGCAGGGAAGAGUGCCACAGGAAACACCAUCCUGGGGCGUAAAGAUUUUCUCUCAAAGAAGUGUUCCAAAUCAGUGACGGCUGAUAUUGAGAAACAAAAUGUCACCAUUGAAGGAAUAGAUCUUGUCGUGUAUGACACUCCAGGAUUCUGUGACCCCGAUCGAUCCGAAGAGCAAAUUCAGGAGAAAUUCCAGAAUGUCCUCAACGCAACCUCAUCUGGUCCCCGUGUGUUUCUCCUGGUGGUGAAGACAGACAGAUUAACAGAAGAGGAGAAGAUGGUCAUCAGUAAAGUAGAAGGUCUUCUAGGAGAGAGUCUUUUGAAGCAAACCUGGAUCCUGUUCACCAGAGGAGAUGAGUUAGAAGACCAGACUAUAGAAGAAUUCAUUGCUGACUCAGAUGACCUCACAGAAGUGAUGAGAAAAUACGGUGGAAGAUACCAUGUGUUCAACAACAAGAUUGGUGAUCCUGAGCAGGUCAAAUCACUACUGGAAAAGACAUCUACCUGUCUCAAUUCAACAGUUUCAAGGAGCACCCCCAUCAGGAAUCUCCCAGAGAGAAGGAUUGUUCUGCUUGGAAAAAGCGGUGUUGGGAAGAGUGCAACAGGAAACACCAUCCUUGGUGGGAAACGUUUCCAUUCUGAACUGAACUCGUCCUCAGUAACACGUAAAACAGAAAUGAAGCAGGCAGCAGUAGAUGGGAGGAAUGUCAGGGUGGUUGACACUCCAGGACUGUUUGACACACAGCUUACUGCGGAAGAACUGGCAAUGGAGAUUGGUAGUAGCAUCUAUGAGUGUAGCCCAGGGCCUCAUGCCUUCCUCAUAGCUUUAAGUGUGAAUGACAGGUUCACAGAGCAGGAGAAAAAAGCUAUUGAAAUUCUAGAGAGUGUGUUUGGAUCAGGACUGGCAAAGCACGCCAUCAUCCUCUUCACCCAUGGAGAUGCGUUAGAGGGUAGUGGUGUAGAGAAGCUGAUUAGUGGGAACAAGGACCUCAGUGGAUUGGUAGAGCAGUGUGGGGGGAGGUACCAUGUCCUCAACAAUAAAGCUAUAGGGAACAGAUCUCAAGUCACAGAACUGAUGGAGAAGAUAGACAGAAUGGUGGAGGAGAAUGGAGGAACCUGCUACACCAAUGAGAUGUUUGAGGAGGCAGCCAGGGCUAAGAAAGAGUGGGAGGAGGAGAGGAUCCAGAGGGAGGAGGAGGAGAGGAUCCAGUGGGAGGAGGAGAGGAUCCAGAGGGAGGAGGAGGAGAGGAUCCAGUGGGAGGAGGAGAGGAUCCAGAGGGAGGAGGAGGAGAGGAUCCAGUGGGAGGAGGAGGAGAGGAUCCAGAGGGAGGAGGAGGAGGAGAGGAUCCAGAGGGAGGAGGAGGAGAGGAUCCAGUGGGAGGAGGAGGAGAGGAUCCAGAGGGAGGAGGAGGAGGAGAGGAUCCAGAGGGAGGAGGAGGAGAGGAUCCAGAGGAGGGAGAGGAUCGAGAGGGAGAUCGAGAGGAGAAAGAAGGAGAUUUUGGGGAUUAUAGGUGCAGUGAUAGGUGCCGGUGUAGGGCUUUGUGUAGGUGGAGUACCAGGUUUCUUUGUAGGUGGGAAGGUUGGGGCAGGCAUUGUGGUUGGUGGUGCGGUAGUUGGUGGUGUGGUAGUUGGUGGUGGGGUGGUAGUUGGUGAACAUCUGGCAGAAAAGUUGUCAGGCAAAAAUCACCAACAGUAA